AAACUCCCAAAAAUAAUUAGUUCAAAUUAGCUCAACGCACCCUAGAUCGGCCUCCUAGAUUUCGACUGGGUUGCCGACACAACACAAUCACCCUCAAAGUCCACAAACAAGCCGGUUUUGUACACACGAUAGCGCGCAUCUGUAUUCGUGCCGUGGAGUUUGGCCCAUCAGCGGUGGAAGUUGAGGCUUUCUGGAACGAACCUUCCGAGAUCACAGUCGUCUUCCUCGUCUUCGCGUGCUCCCGGCCUACUUGAUUUUCAACAGCAAUGGCGAACAUUGGCAAGAUUUUUGCUUCCCGUGCCUGCGGCCUGGCCAAGGCGGCCAACUACAGCAACAAUGUGCGCUUCUACUGCUGCGCUUCCCCGAAGGCGUUCGAGUUCAUCAAGACCGAGCUGGUGGGUGAGAAGAAGAACGUCGCCCUGAUCACGCUGAACCGCCCCAAGGCCCUGAACGCCCUCUGCAAUGGGCUGAUGAGCGAGGUUAGCCAGGCGCUGGACCAGUUCGAAGCCGACAGCACCGUCGGAGCGAUCGUCAUCACCGGCAGCGAGAAGGCGUUCGCGGCGGGAGCCGACAUCAAGGAGAUGCAGCCGAACACCUACGCCAAGUGCAUCAUGGGUAACUUCCUGAACAACUGGACCCGCGUCGCCCAGGCCCAAAAGCCGGUGAUCGCUGCCGUCAACGGAUACGCCCUCGGUGGUGGGUGCGAGUUCGCCAUGAUGUGCGACAUCAUCUACGCCGGUGACAAGGCCAAGUUCGGCCAGCCGGAGAUUGCCCUCGGAACGAUUCCCGGAGCCGGCGGUUCCCAGCGCACCACCCGCGUCAUGGGCAAGUCCAAGGCCAUGGAGAUGUGUCUCACCGGAAACAUGAUCAACGCUGAGGAAGCGGAACGCUCCGGGCUCGUUAGCAAGGUCUUCCCCGCCGAUAAGGUCGUUGGGGAAGCCAUCAAGCUGGGCGAGAAGAUCUCCACCUUCUCCCCGCUGAUCGUGCAGCUGUGCAAGGAAGCGGUCAACACGGCGUACGAAACCACCCUCCACGAGGGACUCAAGUUCGAGCGUCGCCACUUCCACGCUACCUUCUCGACCAAGGAUCGCCAGGAGGGUAUGACCGCGUUCGUUGAGAAGCGUGCGCCCAAGUUCAUCAGCGAAUAAAGGAUAUCGCUUGUACGCGAAAUAAACACAAUGACGGGGUAUUGGGAUCGACCCGCACAGUACUGUUGCAGCUGUUGUGAGGUCGAACCGAGAGCAUUUGAUGCAUUUAUUAAUCUUUAGAAGAUUUGCUUUAUAUGCAAAGCAAUUUGUUGUAUAACACCAGUGAGGAAUAAAAACUGUCUAUUUUGUCUUUUGAAAAAAAAAAAA